GUCAUCUCUCUAUCUUCUUCCUCUUCCUUCAGAAUUAAUAAGCCGCCCACCACGCUUUUGAUGCUCUACUCUCCCCUCCCUUCUCCCUCCCCUUUCUCACUUACACAUCUGCAAAUCCUAAACCACAAGGAAGGAACAACAAUAACAACGACAGCGAGAAGUGAUGGAGACAGCUGUGCCCAACGUCCAGCGCGUCAACAAAGCCUCCUCCGACGAGCUCCUCCGCAAAUUCGCCGAACUCGACGCCGACCCCCCGGCGAGACCUUACUCGCUCCCUCGCCCCUCCUCCACCACCGCCCGCAUCUUCACCCCAAUGGUCGUCCGGAAGAAGUCCUGCCGCGCUAUCAACGCCCUCUCCUCCCGGGAGCUCAUCUCCUCAUCCUCCUCUUAUGCCGACGGAAGGCCGGCAAGGAGGGGGCGGACCAGUGCUGGACAGGCAGAGUGGAAGUCACUUCUCCCUCUCUCCAAUCGCAGGUCGUCCUCCAAGUCCCUGCUCCGAAGGAUCGGGGUCCGACGGUCCGAUGACGCAGCCCCCGGCAUCGGACUCUUCUUUGCCAUAGCCCUCCAAAAGACAUGGCGUAAGACGAUGGCAAGCGCAUCAAAGAUGAUUGUGGAGAAGCACUGCCCGAAACAUGUUCGACUUAUCAGUGACAAUGUUUAAUUAAUUUCACGGACUGUUCUUUUUUUACUGAUACAAAAUUUCUACUUCCAAUAAAACCCCAACAUGGCAAUGUUUUUCUUUAAAUACAAGUCUUAUUUGUAAAA